AUGGCAACUAUGGCUCUUCUGCAUUUUAAUUCUCCCUUUGGUCACAGCCAUGCAGUUGCAUUUCCAUCACCAUUAUCAUCGUAUCCUCAGUUUCAUAACCGUUCUAUAAAUGUUACCAACCCAACCCAUUUGCCUCAUAGAUUGAAAUUUAACUUCACCGGAGGGGUUGGCGGCGGUGGGAUUGGUCGGGGUGGUGGUGGUGGAGAUGGAAGUUGGGGAGGUGAUGAGGGGAAAUCAAAUGAUUCAUCGUUUGGGAUUUUGGGUCUGUUUCUGAAUGGUUGGAGAUCACGGGUGGCUGCUGAUCCACAGUUUCCUUUCAAGGUUCUGAGUGAAGAGUUGGUUGGUGUCACUUCUGCGGUUUUAGGUGACAUGGCUACAAGGCCUAAUUUUGGGUUGAAUGAACUUGACUUUGUUUUUUCAACUCUUGUCGUUGGGGCUAUUCUCAAUUUUACACUCAUGUAUCUAUUAGCACCAACAUUAGGAUCUGCUUCAGUCAAAGUGCCUGCAAUUUUUGCAUCUUGUCCUAAGAGUCACAUGUUUGAACCUGGUGCGUAUAGUUUGUUGGAUAGGUUUGGAACCUUGGUAUAUAAAGGAACCAUUUUUGCUGUUGUUGGGCUCGGUGCUGGUCUUGUUGGAACUGCAAUUUCAAAUGGGUUGGUCAGUAUGAGGAAGAAAAUGGAUCCCAGCUUUGAAUCCCCAAAUAAGCCUCCACCUACAUUGCUGAAUGGUCUCACUUGGGCGGCUCAUAUGGGUUUCAGCAGCAACCUCAGGUACCAAACUCUGAAUGGUGUUGAGUUCUUGUUGGAGAAAGUGCUUAAUCCCUUGGUAUUCAAGACCUCAGUUGUGGCUCUCAGGUGCACGAACAAUGUUCUUGGGGGAAUGACUUUUGUGAUGUUGGCAAGGUUGACAGGGUCGCAGAGUGCUGCUGAAGAGAAGCCAUCACAUGUGAAGGUUGGGUUAGGUGAGAAGGAGAAGGUGGAAAGGGAAGGGUUGUUGGGGAAUAACAACCAAAUAACAUCAAAAUGA